UAAAUGGGCCAGAGGAAACAGCGUAUCACAGUUCCACGUAAUAACUUUGCGGCUUCUGACUUUUGUACGGCGGACGAGACGCAGACUCGCAGAAACCGUAAAUCACGAAAUGGACAUGCAGCUUGCUGGCAGUCGUGAUGUGACAGCGGCUCCUCGAAUACGCCAAGAGGGGGAGGAGGAGAGGGAGAAGGAAGAAGACCGGCGAGGCGAGAGGGCCAAAGCGAAGAGGAGGCGCGCGACCAGCAGGGCGCUGCGCGCCGUGGCCCGCGAGGAGUUCGGGCCCUCCGGGUGGAUGGUGGUGAACCGCCUGUCGCGCCUGCCCGUCGUCCGCUGCGGCGCGCGCGCCUACCGCCGGGCGAAGGCCAGCCCCGUGCUCGGAGGGCCGCUGGCCGCCGCGGAAGCCUGCCUCGGAGAGGCCGCGUCGCGGGUGGCUGACGCCGCCGCGCCUUUCCUCGUCGGACAAGGCGUCUCGGCAUUCGUGACGGACCGGUUUCUGUGCAAAGUCUUAGAACUGGCGGUGUCGGUGUGUCCGUGCAUCGCUUCACCUCCCAGUCAGAUCUGUGGUGAAAUUUCCACAUGUUUUUCUACCUCUACGCAUCGUUGCCCUCGUACCGCGGGCAACAAAAUCCGGAGAAUGAACUCUCGACAGACGAAUGGUUGAGUUUUGCUGAUGAAUUUUUAAUCAUGAAUGGCUGAAAACAUUUAUUUAUAUUUCUUUUGGAACGUAUUUCUCCGACAUAUGUGAAAUAAUCAAAAUUAAUAAGAAAUAUUUUGUACUCUUAGAAUAAACAAUUAAAAUAUACAUUUCUUACUGAAAAUGUGUACAGUAUUCUAUUACAUUAGUUUC